UGCUCACCACCGAUUGGUCCGUGAAUCGGCUGCAGUGUGGCGCCUGCUUUGUUGCCUCGGUCCAUGCUAAGUUUGUCUUUGUUGUGACUAACCGAUCAGCGGUUCGGCAAUUUAUAUUCACCUUUGGAAAAGUAACUGCUUUGGUCUUUUAGAGGAUGAGUGGCGGCGUGUAUGGAGGUGAUGAGGUUGGAGCUCUGGUGUUUGACAUCGGCUCAUAUUCUGUUAGAGCUGGCUAUGCUGGCGAAGACUGUCCAAAGGCGGACUUUCCGACAGUGAUCGGCGUGACUCUUGAUCGUGAAGAUGGCAGCACACCAAUGGAAACGGACGGGGACAAAAGCAAGCAGAGUGGCACAACCUAUUACAUUGAUACCAACCAGCUUCGAGUUCCAAGAGAGAGCAUGGAGGUUAUGUCACCGCUCAAAAAUGGAAUGAUUGAGGACUGGGACAGUUUCCAGGCCAUUUUGGAUCACACCUACAAGAUGCAUUUCAAGUCUGAACCAAGUUUGCAUCCUGUACUCAUGUCAGAAGCAUCGUGGAACACGCGAGCCAAAAGAGAAAAGCUUACAGAGUUGAUGUUUGAGCAUUACAACAUUCCUGCCUUCUUCCUGUGUAAAUCAGCCGUGCUCUCUGCCUUCGCCAAUGGGAGAUCCACAGGACUGGUUCUUGACAGUGGAGCCACACACACCACAGCAAUACCGGUCCAUGAUGGCUACGUCUUGCAGCAAGGGAUAGUAAAAUCCCCACUAGCUGGAGACUUCAUGAGCAUGCAGUGCAGGGAGCUCUUCCAGGAGCUAAGUGUUGAGAUCAUCCCUCCAUACAUGAUUGCAUCAAAGGAAGCUGUAAGAGAGGGAUCAGCAGCGAACUGGAAGAAGAAGGAAAAGCUACCUCAAGUCACUCGCUCAUGGCACAACUAUAUGUGCAAUUGUGUGAUCCAGGACUUCCAGGCGUCAGUGCUGCAGGUCUCGGACUCACCGUAUGAUGAACAGGUUGCUGCCCAGAUGCCCACCGUGCAUUAUGAACUGCCUAAUGGCUACAACUGUGAUUUUGGUGCCGAGCGGCUGAAAAUCCCGGAAGGGCUGUUUGACCCCUCAAAUGCAAAGGGUCUGUCUGGAAACACCAUGUUGGGAGUCGGCCAUGUGGUGACGACCAGCGUAGGAAUGUGUGAUAUUGACAUUCGGCCGAGUUUGUACGGCAGUGUGGUGGUGACUGGAGGCAACACACUUAUUCAGGGCUUCACUGAUCGACUAAACAGAGAGCUUUCCCAGAAAACUCCACCAAGCAUGAGGUUGAAGCUCAUUGCCAACAACACAACAGUAGAGCGACGGUUCAGUGCCUGGAUAGGAGGCUCCAUCCUGGCGUCACUUGGAACCUUCCAGCAGAUGUGGAUCUCCAAGCAGGAGUAUGAAGAGGGAGGAAAGCAGUGCGUUGACAGAAAGUGUCCUUGAUUUGAAUGUGUGUUCAACAAACUUCAGCCUCCUUAUUUACUAUUAUGACACCAUUGUCGCUCACUUCAUAUGGUGAGGACUCAGGAUUUCCUACUGAUCACGCUUGUUUUGUAGUAUUUGUUUUUAAAAAGCUCCAGGGUUUGUACAGUAGAGAUCCAACAUCCACAGCUGAAAUGUCAUUUUGGCCUUUUCCACUCGCUCCGAUGUUUUUUCUGCAGAUGCUGUUUGUGGAAAACUUGGAAUUAAAAGGUUGUGUUAUGAGAAGGUACCACGUUGAUCAUUGGGUUACUCAUUGCGCACCCACAAAAUACCCUUUGGUUUCACUGUGACUGUCAUAUCUGUAUUUAAUUUUAACUGUCAUGAUUAUGUAUGAUCUUUUAAAA